UUACAGGUCGCUCCUUCCCAAACUUGCAAAGUCAUGUGCCAGUCUCUUUCUCUUGCGCGCGGAUAAACGCCUGCGUCGAAUACUGCGAAAUUCGGACAAAUGAACCUUGACGUCUGCCGUAUACAUCGAGAAGUAACAUCAUGGUGGGACAGAGCACGUCGAUCCAGUCGUUCUUCUCCACGCGAACUUCACCCACUAAAGACAUACCUCCAAAGUCAUCACCAGUCCCAGGCGAUGGUUUCACUGCAGAAGAACUGGACAACGCUUUACUUCCGGUUCGACAAGACAAUUGGACUCCACGUGGAGUCUAUGAUGAGUACGAGAUCGAUGCGCUCAUGUUUGGACUGAAUCGUGUCAAGAUCGUGGGUCGACUUGUCAACAUGUUCGAAAGCUCACACACCACGAAAUUGCCCAAGGGACUUGGGGGGUCUGUACAUCUCGUGGUCAAGGAUGACACUGGUGCUGUCACUAUCAGACUUUCAUACACGCUGCCACCGACAGAAUUACGACUCGGCCGUCUCGUUGCAGUUUGGGCUACCUACGUCGCGAAUGGAGACAGAGGCAGUUUCCCGUGUGCCGUCGCACCAUUGUACAUCAAGGUUUUUCCGGAAAAAGACAAAAGCUGCCGUAUACGUGUCCUAGAAGGCGCAGAGUUUGCGAAUCUGUGCAGGAAGCCACUCAAUUAUCAACCAACCCUCAUGUCACUCAAGGCCUUUGCCCACGGUGGCUCCGAAGUCAUCGACGCCAAAAUACUUGUCAUUGUCAAGAGCGUCAGUGCACGCAAGAGAGUAACGAAGAAAGAUGGAGCAGAAGCCUACGUCACGAGAGUUGUCUUGAUGGAUGACACCGACGAAGCAACAUUGUCGUUAUGGGACACCACGUCAACCACUCCGAAUGACUGGCAGCCAUCACACACUGCUCUCUUGAUCUCAAGCCCCAGCCUGAAUGUCUCACACAAGAAUUGGUUAGCUCUGGCUUCUGAUACCUUCGUCGAUGUGGAUCCCUGUAUUCCUGAAGCAGAAAGACUCCGCGGUUUCGCUGGACGCAAGGUCAAAAGAGAACACAUCAAUCCGACUUUUCCUUAUGAAGAAUAUGCCUUGUGGAGCAUCAUCAAACCAAACGAACGCGUUUUGUACUCGCUCGCAGACGUGGAUGAUCGCGCUCGCGAAACCCCUGGAGAAACAUUCGAGGGCUACCUGAGCAUGAUCAUCAUGGAUCUCAACAUGACCACGUUACGACAACAGAAUAUGCUCAUGUGCAAUGAAUGCUGUGGCAUUCCUAUCUAUGCAAACGCAAAAGUGGCAAAGUGCAAGCAUUGUGACAGUCAGGUGUCCUUGAGAGUCAAUCCACGCCUCAUUGGCAAACUGGUCGACGAGAGUGGAUGCAUUACAAGUGGCAAGCUCGUGCUAUCAGACCAUGCGUGGACAAGACUUCUAGGCAGAAGUGCUCAAGAAUUGAUCGAGAGCAGUGCAAGCACACUGAAGAGCGUGGAGCAUCGUAUGCUCCAUAUUCGUAUCACGUUGCGAUUCUGGUGGAGCGAAGAGGUGGGAAAGCUCGUCAUCUCGGAAGUCCUCGAAUAACAAAGCUUCACGGGAGAUGAGACGAUUGCGGGAUCUAUGGAUGAGGAAUCCUCAUUGCUUGACUUUGAGAGUAACACGCUGGCCGGAAUU